ACCUUUAGCUUCCACAAAUCUUGAUGGAAAUCACACAAUCGAUGUACGAUCAGAUGGCGCGUCAUGGGAUUCCUGAGAAGUGACUCACGGACGUCGAUUGGAGGCCCUGCAGUCAAAGACAUGGAUGUGAACUUUGAUUUCGAGGCAGAGAUCGAUGCCAAAGACUUGAGCCGAGCGGAGAGCUUGCGGGCAGAUGGAUUUACCUCAUCUGAGGGUGCCCUCAAUCGAGGCUCUCGGACAGUUUGCCGGCAUUAUUUGAGAGGCCUUUGCAUGAAAGGUGACAAGUGCGAUUACUUGCAUCAGUUUGACCCCAAUCGAAUGCCGGAGUGCAUGACCUUUCUGAAGUUUGGAAAGUGUCUGGACCCCGUGUGCAUGUUCAAGCACGUUGCGGCCAGUGAGCGGCAGGAAUGUCCUCGCUAUCGCCUCGGCUUUUGCAAAUUUGGCCCGCUGUGCCGAUUUACGCAUGAAAGACUGCCGAGGGACAAGAUGCCUGAUGUGCUUCCAGAUUGGUUUCUGAUGCCGCUACUCAAGAAUGCGCACUUGGUGCCCAGGGCGGAGGAUGUGAAGCUUUCUUCUUUCGAGUUCCGGGGGAGGAGCUUUGAUGAAGCGGUGCCGUCAGCUUCUGGGGAGCUUGGAGCCAUACCUGGCUUGCCGCCUCCAGUGAAUGGCAAAUGCCGAUUCUUUGUGAUGCGAUCAGCGAACCUGAGAAACGUGCAGAUCUCUGCCUGCAAGGGUAUCUGGGCGACUGGAGGUGGCAACACCUCAAAGCUUUGUCAGGGCUUCCGGGAAGUGGAUCAUGUCAUUAUGAUCUUCACCUCCGCCGAGAGCCGGACGUUCUUAGGGUAUGCUCGAAUGGUCGACGAGCCGGACAGCAGGCUGUUCCCAGGCAUUUGGGGAACCUUCUCCAACCGGCUUGGCCAUAGCUUCAAGGUUCACUGGCUCAAGCAGUGCUCUGUGAAUUUGGCGGCCGCUGAUCACAUUCGAAACCCUCAAAACGACGACAAGCCUGUCCGUCAGGGCAAGGAUGGUCAGGAACUUCCUGCUAGCGUAGGGGAGCGGCUGUGUCGCUUCCUGUGGCAGGAGCGUGAUGAGGACAUCCUGAAGGGCUCAGAGCUGGAGUUCGAGCCCCGGGUGCGCUACGAGUAUCCAGAGCCCAAGGAGCAGGAGGAGGCUGCGGGUCAGGCCCCGCCGCUGGCUUUGGAAGAUGCGAAGAAGGACGAAAGUCCGGUUCGCGACGCGCGACCACGGCCGGCGCCGGUGCCACUUGGCACUUUCCAAGAUGCCAAGCGUGGCAAGGUGCGGCUGACCACAUCUGCCCCAGUGGCUAUAGGGAAGGCGCUGGCUUCUGGCUCCUCCUCACUUCUGGCCGCCAUGGCGGAGGAGGGCGAGCGCGCUGACAGCCCUCCGCGCAGCUGGUAUCCACCUGGCUUCAUGCACCCUCCUGCGUUUCAUCCGCCCAUGUAUGGCUACCCUCCCAUGGGAAUGCCACCAGGACCGUAUGAGGCAAGACCUCCUGGAACGUGGUCGGGAGCAAGCCCUGGCUUUGCUCAGCCUCCGAGCGACUGGCAGGGUGCGUCGGGACGCGAAGAGACCCGAGCCAGGUCAAGAAGUGGCCGACGCAAGCAUCGCCGACGAAGAUGACACCAUGUCCUCAGAGUUGGGGGGGAGUGAGACUGCACGGGUCUAAAGACGG